AUGGAAUUUGUGACGGCCCUGGCUGACCUCCGAGCAGAGGCUAGCUGUCCCAUUUGUCUGGACUACUUGAAAGACCCAGUGACCAUCAGCUGCGGGCAUAACUUCUGUCUCUCCUGCAUCAUUAUGUCCUGGAAGGAUCUAGAUGAUAGUUUCCCCUGCCCCUUUUGCCACUUUUGCUGUCCAGAAAGGAAAUUUGUAAGCAAUCCCCAGCUGCGUAGUUUGACUGAAAUUGCUAAGCAACUCCAGAUAAGAAGCAAGAGGAAGAGGCAGGAAGAGAAGCAUGUGUGUAAGAAGCAUAAUCAGCUUUUGACUUUCUUCUGUCAGAAAGACCUAGAGCUUUUAUGUCCGAGGUGCAGUUUCUCCACUGAUCACCAGCAUCACUGUGUUUGGCCCAUAAAGAAGGCUGCCUCAUAUCAUAGGAAAAAACUGGAGGAAUACAAUGCACUGUGGAAGGAGAGAGUGGAACUAAUUGAGAAAGUCAUAACUAUACAAACCAGAAAAUCACUGGAACUGAAGAAACAGGUAAAACAUAGGGCAGAAGAAGUCAAGUCUGAAUUUGAGCAACUUAGGUUAUUUCUGCAAAAUGAGCAAGAGACUGUUCUUAGGCAAUUACGAGAUGAAGAGAUGGAUGUUUUAGCACAACUAAAUGAAAGCCUAACAAAGUUUUCAGAUUAUACCUCCUCAUUAAAAUAUCUACUAAAGGAGAUAGAGAGCAUACAUGUGAAGUCAGAACUGGAAUUACUGGCUGAUGUUAAGGAUAUCUAUCACAGAUAUAAAAAUUUAAAAUUCCCUGAACCUUUUUCAUUCAAAUUGAAAGAAUAUGGUUACCAUCUGCCUCCACAAUAUUCUGGCCUAAACAAAAUUAUCAAGCGAUUUCAAGUAGAUGUAAUUCUAGAUCCUGAAACAGCACAUCGUAAACUUAUAGUUUCAGAAGAUAGAAAAACUGUGCGGUAUGGAAAUACAACACAAAACUUGCCUCGUAACCCAAGAAGAUUUUAUCUCCUCCCAGCUGUUCUGGGUUCUAAGGGAUAUAGUUGUGGCAGGCAGUACUGGGAAGUAGAAGUGAAAGACAAGACUGAAUGGAUUCUUGGUGUCUGUAAUGACUCUCUUCCCAGAAGGAGGAAGAGUCAACCAAUUUUAGUACAGGAUGGACUAUGGGGAAUUUGGCGAUCUAGUCAGAAUAAUUAUAUUGUAUUGGGCCAUAAGGAAAUUAUUCUGCUGCCCAAAGUAACACCUAGUAAGAUUGGCAUUUUUUUAGACUAUGAAAUGAAUGAGGUUUCCUUUUAUAAUUUGAAUGAUAGAUCUCUUCUCUAUACUUUUAAUGAUGAUUUUACAGGAGCACUUUGGCCUUAUUUUUAUACUGGAACUGACUCAAGACCUCUUAAAAUUUCUACAGUAACAGAUUCUGAAUGAACUAGUAGAAGACUCAUUUUCUUUCACCUAUUGGACAUAACUGAGCCAGUGAAUCUAGUUUUGGCCAUUCUGUAUUUUCUCCAGUUUUUCCCUUAAAAACUAUUUUUUAUCUCAGUUUCAGCAACUUCCAAAAAAUGUGAUUAUGGGACCUACUUUAUAAUAAAUUAUGGGGUCAAUGACAAGGUAGUUUAGAAAGUCUAUGGUAAAAUACUUGAAAAAUCUGUUACUGAAGAAAUGUAUUGUGUAAGAAAAUGUAUUACUUUUGUAAUUGCCAAUAAAAGCCCAAUAAUUU